AUAAGAUAUAAAAACACUAGAUUACUAUAAAACAGAUAGACGAAUUGGGUCUACAAUAAAGCCCUCAAAGUCUUGAAGAAACGGAGCUAUCUUUACAGUUAAAAUAAACAGGAGACACACGAAACAAGGAUUUACAUUUUGACAAAGAUAAGUUUGCUCGAGUUGUCGUUAGAAAUUGGAAGAAUGGUGUUCAAUAUAUUACUUUAUUGCGCCAUAAUUGGACAAGUUUUUGCGUCGACCGACCCCGAACUGAUUGUUCCAGAGACCAUUCAAGCGUUCAGUGAUGACGUUGUUGUACAAACAAGAAAUGCAAGAAUCGGUGAUGUUGUUGAAUUGUUCGGUAACAAUGAAGAUGAACCAAUAACUGCUCAACUGAUAACAAAGUCAUCAGAGACUUCGACUCUCAUUUUCAACUGCGGAUAUUUCUUCAACGCCGGGUCAUAUCAGUUCAAGAUACGAUCUACAGAAGGUGAAAUCUUGGCUUCCAGUCGACCUGUCCCAGCACAGAGCUGGCCCAAAGUGAAGAUAGAUUGGGAAAGAACCCACGAAGCUUUGACUACAGAUGUGAAGGUAUCGCUAACGGUUGAAGGCAAAAUGUGCAGAUCCGAUAUCGCACGCCAGAAUAAGUUAUAUCUAAAGAUGAAGAAACUGGAUAACGGGAACAACAAGAAAGGAGGUCUCACUUCAUUGAUCGAAGGCGCGCAAAGACAAUUCAAAAUCUUUCCUGUUAUGACGUCAUCAGAGACUUUUAUCCCUUCCUACACCGUAUUACCCUGUGAAGAGUUUCAAAACGUAGGGAUGUACCAAGUGGAAUUAUUUAUGACGUCCCCGACUGAUGACGUCAUUAUUUCUACAAGUGACGUCAUGAAUGUGGAAUGGAGCACAGAUUAUAACCUGAAAUUGCUCAAACAUGCCUUUCCAUGCCAAGGUGCAGGGGUGAUCGUGUCGUUAUCUUACCCUCCCUGCGCAUCGACAGAAGAUUCCGUUCGUCUGUUGUCGGUUUCAAAUGGAACCAUGAAAGUUGUGGAUUCGCAGAAUAGAGGAAAUGAAGAUCACGUGACAUUUUCAUGUUCGUCAUUUUACAUCAUGAAUCAGACAGUGGAAGGAUUCUGUUUCCAAUAUGUCGUCAAGGGAGGACACGUUGCCAGGACUAUAUGCGAGCCUGUUAACAAGGAAUCUGGCCUCAAGAUUUCCGGCUCGUGGUCUCCGUGGGUGUCUUGGUCAACAUGCAAGCGUCCUUGCCAGAGAACCGUUAGUAGGCGCAAGAGAGUUUGUGACAAUCCUAAACCAAGGGGAGGCGGAGAAAUCUGUUCAAAUAAAAAUGGUGAGAGGUCACUUACCGAACUUGCAGUUAAUAUAUCUGAUGACGUCAUACCAGGCAGUUGUUACGCAAGUGGUAUGACGUCAUCCAUAGAUGACGAUAAACAAUGUGAUUGCGGGUGUUCAAUCAAAGCAGAAGACAAAGGAGUGCUCGUAUCGUCUUUGACCAAACAUUGCAAAGAUUCUGUGAUUUGGACUCUUCGUGUCCCAACUGGACACAAUAUUCUUUUCAAGUUGCUGGAUUAUCAGCUUGCGAGAGACGAGAUGUUGACGAUCAGAGACGGACGAACAUCUUGGCCUAUGACAUCACAAUAUCCAACUGCGAUGUCAAAGAGCAAUAUUGUGAUUAUACAAUGGGUGAGAUCGAAAGUAGAAGACAAUCUGAAUUCUUGUGGAUUUAUUCUCUCAUAUGAACCAGUUGUUAAACCAACUCCCGAUGCCAGAUUUACUUCCAUUCCUCGAACGACAAAUUCAACCCUGACCGGAGUCGGAGCCUGGUUUGAGCAGACGAUAACUAACAAUCCGGUGGUGCUCGGAGGCAUCGCUGCCUGCUUUCUCAUUAUAUUCAUUAUGGUAGCUGUUGUUGUUGUGCAUUGCAGAAGAAAAAACAAGAAAUCCAAGAUACCGCCUGGCCUACGAACGCCAAUGAAUACUCGACUCUCGAUGCCACCUGAUGGAAGAAGUUGCAGCAACGCGGAUGACACUGAAUCAGAACCGAUGGUUCGUCCUCGACCGAUUGGUAACGCAGGAAGCGGAGAAGUGUUGCCAGAUACCUGCAUUCCUAUGCAACCAGCUGUCGGAUCCGGAACCGCUUAUUAUUUAGCUCAGAGACAACUGGAAUUAAUGCGGCGGCUUGGUAAAGACGAACAUUCACAAACGUAUGCGACAGGUUGCAUGAGUGAGGAAAACUUGAGGCAACAAGAAGAGUUAUUGUUCGGCGAUCGCAGAAGUUUGCAUAAGAAUGAAGAUUUGAGAGUAACGUGAUCAAGGCGGAUAAGCCAUGCAUGAGUGGUUAUGUUGCUGUCAAUUCUACUUCGUGCAUGAGUGAUAUAUGUUACGCAACUGGAUAUUGUCGGUAAGAACUUUCAUCGGUCGACCGUGGACGUUCGCAUAAGGAUGGAUAAUUUGAGAGUAAUUCGGCGAUAAGUCACACAUGUGUGAUUUUGUUGCUGGCAACUGAGGGAUUCUCAUGAACGGAAGACUUUGAUCCUGACUGCUGAAAUUAAAACUUCGGCGUCAGCGCAAGUAAUAUGAGUUCUGUCAUCAUUGCGUGAUUCAAAGUAGAAAUUUUUUAAAUGGGAGAUAAUCCGAUUACCCUGGGCGAACGUUUUGAACAGAGAUGAUGAAGAAAGAAAAGUAGUCGCUCUUGGCGGUUGCUGCGCUGGUA